CAACUUUGGCAGCACGACUUUCUUCCUGCUUCAGGAAUUACAGCCACUUUUCGGGAAGAUGUCAGCCCCGAGCAACUCGCUCCAGCAGGCGAGGGUGAGACGCAGCACUGCGGGCUCCCCCGGCUCGUUCAGCGGCGGUGUCAGCGGAGGUGGUGGUGGUGGCGGCGGUGGUUCCGGCAGCGGCUGCCGUCUGCACCCCAUCCGUGCCACCGUGCCCUACCAGCUCCUGCGUGCGGGUCAGAGCAGCCCACCGCGUCCACACAACCUCCACGGAGGUGGCGGAGGAGGAGGAGGAGGAGGAGGCGGCGCGGUGAGCCGAGGCUCCAGCUCCCCCUCCAGCCCGACGCUCGCUCCAGGAAGUGCGAACGCGAAGCAGAGACUGUCCCCCGAAAACAAGGACGCCUCCUGUCCUCCGGACUCUCCCGGCUGCAGAGCCGAGAGGUCCAAGUUGCAGGUCCGGAGUUCCAGUGCCAUCCGGCGGACGUCCUCCCUGGACGCCAUCACAGCACCGUACCUGACCGGCCAGUGGCCGCGGGACUCGCACGGACCGUACCCUUCGUGUAUGAAAGACAAAGCCACGCAGACUCCGGGGCUGUGGAUCGACGAAGCAGCGGAACAGGGAAGUCCUCACCAGCGCUCGGCGUCCUGGGGCAGCGCCGACCACCUCAAAGAGCAGAUUGCUAAACUGAGGCUGCAGCUGCAGCGCAGCAAACAGGUGAACAGGCAGAGCAAAGACAGAGAGCCCAGCUCGCAGCAGCAGCAGCAGCAGCAGCAGCACAGCAAUGCAUGUCAAACUCAGUACAAAGCACCUGCGUCAGGACCGUCGACGCUCCCCGUGCCAAAGUCCCUCAUCUGUCGCGUGCCGAGCAGCGUGGAAGGAAUCAACCACGAGCUGGAGAACGUGUUCAUCAGAGAGGACUGGGAGCAGAGAAUACAGACCAUGGAUGCGGUGGACGGACGUCGCCCCCCCUUCCCGCCGCAUCGCUACAGUAACAGCGGAGACAUGCGUGACACGGACACACAGGCACCCUCGAGCGGCGACUCCAGCCCAUCGCCACGCCCCCGCAGCUCCGACCACCUCCACUCCCCCGACGGAAGCCCUUGUUCCACAGAGGAAAUCGACAAAGACGGUGUGUGCAGUUCUCCUCUGCCUAAGUUUGCCACUUCUCCUAAACCCAACAACAGCUACAUGUUUAAACGGGAACCUCCAGAAGGCUGCGAGAAGGUCAAAGUGUUUGACGAGUUGGUGUCUGGGAAAUCUAAAGGCUUCCCUCUCUUCUCGUGCCCGGACAAAAACAAGGUGAACUUCAUUCCCCGAGGCUCCGCCUUCUGCCCUGUCAAGCUCCUCUGCUCCUCCCUCUUCUCCCCCGCCUCCCCGCUGUCCUGCGCCUCGACCAACAGCGAGAGCGCCGGGCCUCAGGUGACGACCCCGACCCCGCCCACCGCGCCACUACCUACCGACCAGAGCGCCGACAUAAGCACAGAUGGCCAGAGCCCCGACGCACUUCUCCUCAGCAGCUAGUCCUCAGGUAUCACCACGCAAAACCACCACAGCAACAAAAACAAACAUUUCAACUGGUCACGUGGUUUGGUCUGAAAAAGAAAAAGGAAAAAAAAAAAAAGAAUCCUUGCACUCCGUUAAUCCUAACAUUAGCCAGCAGGGGGCGCCCAAGGUCAGGAAAGGACACAAACUCAUGGCACCAACAUCGUGAUUGACGAGCGCUCGCCGUCUUUGGCACUUUGGUUUCCGUCACUUGGAUUCUAUGGACCUUGGGCCCCGCCUCCUUUUGCCCUGUCACUAACCUCGCCUGUACCACCAUAUCACCCAUAAUAAUAAUAGUAAUAAUAGUAAUAAUAAUAACAAUGUUAAAAAAAUUGCUUUGCUUUCUUUUUUCGCAAAAUAAAACUAGAAACGACUGCUGAAUUUAUUCUUACAUAAACGCUCAGAAGUUAAGUGAGAUAGAAAUCACAAAAACACACCAUCUGCCUAUAUGACCUAACUAGCAUGUUAGCUGCUAAGUGUUCAAACAGUUCAAAUACACAUGUAAGUGUAUGGAGAGGGCGGGACAUGUUUGUUUCACACACACACACACAGUGGAGCUGUCAAUUUUUUUUUAAAGAAAAUCUGUAAUAGCUGGACAAAUCCUGCAUUGUCCAGCGGGGGGUGCAGUUCGCACAGCUUUGAACGCCAUCAUGACUCAUCAGAAAAAAACUGAAUGGAGGACACACGAUAAUCCUUCCUCCUGAGUGGACAAUCGCGACAACAUAGCCUCCGAAGAACGCGGGAAUUUCAGGUUCAGUGGCGUUAACAAAUGUGCUGACUCACCCGUUAGCUUGGCUGUUAGCUCCACCUGAAUAAGGCGGCAGAAAAGGAGGAAGAUAAAAAAGUGGCAGCCCUAACGUACAGUAUUUCACAUAUCGGAAUAUUUUUUCUCGUCAUUAACCACAGUGUUCGCAGUUGUUUGGACAGAAAAAUACAGGCCUUAUUUUUUAUUUUUUUUUGGUGUGUGUAUUUUGUACGAUUAUUUGUAGCACUGCCUACCUGAGGUCUGCUCAUGAUCAUGAUUUAAAAAA